CGUUUUGGGGUGAUAUUCGUGUUAGUAAAUCCACAAGUCCAUGGAUUAGACGUGUUCAGGGACGUGUUCGCUGUCUCAUGCUCUACAUUUGAUAACGGUCAGUUCCCAUUGUGCUGUAUUUUUAUAUGGAUUCUUCACGUCGGAUUACAUUAUCUACAAGUUUUCUUAGGUUUCGCGAAUGCACCACCACUCCCUCCGGUUGCUACACUGCCAAGUCACAGGUAACCCUGCUAUUCACCGCUAACUGUAACUGUAGGUGCAGCGGGUGUUGACAUAGCGCCUUAUGCAUACACAACUCACGGUUGACGACUUUUUUUUAAAUUAUUAACUCUUAAUGAAAAAUAACGUCGCUCAAGGACUGUCGAGCGGAGCGCCGGGUGCUCCGGGUUCGACUGGUCAGGUCUGAGGCGGCAGCAGAAGGCGCCGUGUCCGUCAUGGCAGAAACGCUGCGGAGCGGCGGGACGGUUUGAACUUUCUCCCUGACGACGUCAACUGUCCAGUGGCCGCCAUGUCGUCUGUUAUGGAGGAUCCAGCUCUGGAGAGACACUUCAAGGAACACAAAGAUGCCGUCACCUGCGUGGACUUCAAUCCAAACUGCAAACAGCUGGCCUCGGGGUCAGUGGACAAGAGCCUGAUGAUCUGGAAUCUGGCUCCAAAGGCGAGGGCCUUCCGCUACGUUGGCCACCAAGACUCCAUCACCGGCGUGCAGUUCUCCCCCUCCGGUGACCUCGUGGCCACGUCCUCCAAGGACAGAACGGUCCGGCUGUGGACCCCUUCCACGAAAGCGGCGUCCACGGCGUUCAAGGCGCACACGGCCGCCGCCCGCAGCGUGUCCUUCUCCCCCGACGGCCUCAGACUGGCGACGGCGUCCGACGACAAGUCCGUCAAGGUGUGGAGCGUCCACCGGCAGAGCUUCGUCUGCUCCUUCACCCAGCACACCAACUGGGUGCGCUGCGCCAGGUUUUCUCCUGACGGGCGUCUCAUCGCGUCCUGCGGGGACGACGGCACCGUCCGGCUGUGGGACACGUCCACCAAGCGCUGCAUCAACUGUUUCACGUACCACGGAGGAAGCGAAACGUUUGUCGGUUUCAACUCUAGCGGCACCUGCGUGGCGUCCUCGGGGGCCGACAGUUCCCUGAAGGUCUGGGAUCUACGGACCAACAAGCUGAUUCAGCAUUAUCAAGUCCACAGUGCGGGAAUCAACAGCUUCUCCUUCCACCCGUCCAACAACUACCUGAUCAGCGGCUCCAGUGACGGCACCGUUAAGAUCCUGGACCUGCUGGAGGGCCGCCUCAUCUACACGCUGCACGGACACAACGGCGCUGUAUUGACUGUAGUGUUCUCCAGGGCGGGAGAGCUCUUUGCCUCGGGGGGAGCCGGCGGUCAGGUCCUGAUGUGGAGGACGAACUUUGACACCAAAUCCUACCAGAACGUCCUGCAGCAACACAGCCGGAGGUCCACCCCGGAUCCCCCGCCCCACGUGGCCGACAUCCACCCCAGAGGACCCCACCUCCACCUCCCCAAGGCCUCAGCCAUUCAGAUCAGUCCGGCGGUGGCAGACACUCGGUCCACCGAUCCGCUCGUCGUGGAGUUCGGCCGAUCAGCGGUAAGCCGGCAGAGGGACGCCACCGUCGCAGAGACACACGCGACCCGACUCCCACUCGGGGUAGGUGGGAAAAUCUAUUACACACAAUCCUGGAAAAGGGAAAAUCCAAUUGAAAUGGUUUUAUGGAGAAAGUUCUACAAAUGCAUCAAAAACAUGAAAACAACACAACAACGUAAGAAAAGCCGCAAAAGGAAAUUUCAAGUUCACGCUGCGGCCACCAGGUGGCAGUACAGACCUCGUGUCUGCAGCAGGGUGUAA